AUGAUGACACUGCCCGUGGACAGCAGUGCACUUGCUUUCAAUAUAGUAUCCCCAAUAGUCAAACCCUCGUGGCUUGCCUGUGCCACCACCGGUAGCUCCAUUUUCAUCGUCUCGAGCACAGCGCAUUUUGAUACCCAUCGCGUCGCCAGCGUCUUCCACCACAGUGACCUGGGUCUCUUGCUGCUCGAGAGGCAAUUCCACGAGGAGGACUUCUUUGGGGACACGAAUACGCUCCAAGGCAGCCUGUUGUCUGCGCUUGAGACCCUGGACGUAGGGCAGGCUCUGCUGGUCCCGUUCCCAGGCGAGCUCCGCCACGACAUCGAAGGUGCUACCCUCGAUCUGGAAUUCGUACGUGCCCGCCUCGAAGCACUCCUUUACGUCCUUGAACUAGCCAAUUUCGACCUCAUGGAACUCGUAGAUGUCGAAUGGCUCGCCGCCAAGGGUCGCCGCCAGCUGCCAAUGAUGGACCGAACUGGAGUUCAUGAUGGCGCGAUAGUAACAGGCACCAUUACCACGGAGGAGCCGGUCUCAGGCUCUUGCACGCAUCUCAGUGUCAAUAUUGAGACCCACAUAUCCACUGAGAAAUAUUUGAAGCGCGCCCGGGGCAAGGCGGUCGUCUACGCGGCAGUCCUCUAUCUUACACUUCUCAGUUUGUGGUCAAUCCCCAUGCACGGGACCGACUACGUCUUCUCCGAAAGCUUCUUCACCAGCUGGGUGAUUGUUCUGUUCGUUCUGUUCAUCUGGGCCUUUCUUUUCUUCGCCAGUAUCACUAUCAUGCUGGCGCCAGUUGUAGAGGGUAGGAAUGAUGUCGAUGUGAUCCCCCACAGAUUAUUCGGGAUGGAGUCCGCAAACUUUCCAGAUAUAGUCGCCUGCAGUUCCAACAUCGACAAGCACGGUUCAUCGACCGAAAAUGGCGCGGAGAAAAAGACCUGCCUGAGCUGA